UCCACCCCCCCCCCCCCUAGACGACAUGACAAACCACAGGUCUCACAGGAACUUACACAAAGAAAGACUUUACUUCAGAGAGGAAUAUCCCCUAGCCAGACAGAGUUGGCUAUAAAUUAUCGUUCAGUUUGGUCUCCUAAACAAAGCUCUUAUCUCGUCCUUGGUACAAAAUGGUACCAAGACAUUACCCCACCCUAUGAUAUAUAUCAAAUUGUCAUUUAGAUACAACCAAUUCUAAAUACAACCAAUCCUGGACAAGCUCACGGAGAGGAGAGUGAGGCUAUAGGUCAAGAUAGGAACAACAAAAGAGGGAGCAUAGAAUGAUUCCAGACACUGCCAUCCUCCUCUCCCCGAUGGGAAAAGUAGGGAGUGACUGGCACACAGACACAGUGGAGCAAAAGAUAUGUUUACACAUGAUGACACCUUGACCUCUCCCUUCUCUGCGGCCCAAGCAACUUAGUCCUGACAGAGAACAGAUAACUGCCAAUGGCCACCACUAUAGUACAACAAAAUACAUUCUUAUGAGAAAUAACUCAUAAGCAUAUCAUGAAAAUAAAGCAUCUUAUCUAUGUUACCCAACUAAUUCUGAUUAAUCCCCAACAUGACCGCUCUAAUAAUGAAGGGUGUGACCUGUACAACUGAGAAGAUGACUCAUUCCUGUUUUAGAUAAUAGCCUAUUCUGUAUGAACUGGAGAUUCAGCUUUUUAAUAAUAAUAAAACAAUAUGAAUUGAUUAGAUAAGUAAAUAAUAAAUACAUAAUGUAAUAAACCAUGUCAAGUAUUAUGAUUGUGUUUACCCAUGACAUGUUCUUCUGGACGAUACAGUAAGGUGUGUUGCGACACUGCAGGUACAGACAAUAUACAGUAUACAUUUCACACUUUCACAAUGCAAUAUAGGAAAUAAUAUGGUUGACAAUAUUAGGAUAAAGUAAGAUGUGUCCACCACACAUGAGUUAUUAAGUACCCAUAAUAAACGUUGGUUCCAAGAUAAGGUGUUACAUCUGAGUGUUCACAAACUGUUCAUUUUUCACAUGGAGUAGUCAACAGUACUCCAUGCACACUUAGUAGAUAUCUGUUGUCGUGUCUCUGGCUAUGGAUUAAAUGCUAUUUUAUCAAAUCAAUUCUCUGUAAUUAUUAUUACCUGAUUAAACUAAUCAUGUCAAUUUAAUUAACUAGGAAGUCGGGGGAACACAGAAUAAUACCAAAAUAAUCACACAGAAUUACAUAUACACAGGAUGGAUUAUACAUUGAUUACUAAUCAUGUCAUAAAAGAAAACGUCCCUAGCGGAAGAAACCGAUAUGAGGGCUGGUUACACAAAGAAAGGUUGUUAGGGUUGGAAUGAAAGAGCGGGAAGACUGGGGAACAAAAUGACUGGGUCUCUAUUGCACCUUGUGAAGCUAUGCUAUCGUAAAUACAGAAUCUUAUGCAUCCUAAUAACCGCCCAUUCGGAAAAGUAAAAUGUUAGACGAAAUAUUUACACUGAGCUGCGCUUCGAUAGAUGGGUCGAAGAUGGAAGGCUGGUUUGCCCAGUAGAGAUCGCCCUUGUCCUUUGAAGAAUAUUUCUGUUCGUAGUACCCUGUCGUCGUGUGGUAGAGCAGAUACGUUGUAUUACCCUGUUGUUCUGAAGAGAUUGUCUCCUUUCCUAGGACACGAACGUUUACAGCUGCAGCUGAUAACUUGACUUCUAGGAUGUAUAACUUCUUCUUUAGUGAAUAAGAGUUCAAAGUUCAUUCCAUUUUGUCAUAAUCAGCUUGCCAUGAUCUACACCCGGGUGGUGGUAAUGUCACAACCAUACUCUCCCUGCUCUCUGAUCAGAAGAAUGAGAGAUGUGGCAAAAAGCUAGAGGAGAUAAUUGCCAUGUAUCCAGAGAACCCCCAAAGGAUUGACCUUGACCAAACAGAACUGAUCAACUUCAUUUUCUCUCAAAUAGCUCUUGCUUGUGUUUUACCUGGUUCUUCAAAGCUGGUUGCGCUUACGAAGCUUCAAGAUCUGAGCAUGAGAUUUUACAGGGAAGGCAGCAGGUCAGCAAGUGCCUUCUUUUUGCUUUCAAUCUUAUUCUGGCCAGAGGAUCCAAAUGACAACCGUUGGAAGGAAGCUAGCUCUGCAAAAAAUGAAAAAGUCUUAAUCUCAGCAAUUGAUGACCUUCAAAGACUAUGUAUGCUCAAAACAAAACCACGGAAAGGGAGAAUAGUGACUCACUACAGGGAGGAGGUGAGGGCCCUCGGAGUGUGGUGUCAGGAAAAUAACCUCACACUCAACGUCAACAAAACUAAGGAGAUGAUUGUGGACUUCAGGAAACAGCAGAGGGAACACCCCCCUAUCCACAUCGAUGGAACAGUAGUGGAGAGAGUAGCAAGUUUUAAGUUCCUCGGCAUACACAUCACAGACAACCUGAAUUGGUCCACUCACACAGACAGCAUCGUGAAGAAGGCGCAGCAGCGCCUCUUCAACCUCAGGAGGCUGAAGAAAUUCGGCUUGUCACCAAAAGCACUCACAAACUUCUACAGAGGCACAAUCGAGAGCAUCCUGGCGGGCUGUAUCACCGCCUGGUACGGCAACUGCUCCGCCCUCAACCGUAAGGCUCUCCAGAGGGUAGUGAGGUCUGCACAAGGCAUCAUCGGGGGCAAACUACCUGCCCUCCAGGACACCUACACCACCCGAUGUUACAGGAAGGCCAUAAAGAUCAUCAAGGACAUCUACCACCCGAGCCACUGCCUGUUCACCCCGCUAUCAUCCAGAAGGCGAGGUCAGUACAGGUGCAUCAAAGCUGGGACCGAGAGACUGAAAAACAGCUUCUAUCUCAAGGCCAUCAGACUGUUAAACAGCCACCACUAACAUUGAGUGGCUGCUGCCUACACACUGACACUGACUCAACUCCAGCCACUUUAAUAAUGGGAACUGAUGGGAAAUGUUGUAAAUAUAUCACUAGCCACUUUAAACAAUGCUACCUUAUAUAAUGUUACUUACCCUACAUUAUUCAUCUCAUAUGCAUACCUAUAUACUGUACUCUAUAUCAUCGACUGCAUCCUUAUGUAAUACAUGUAUCACUAGCCACUUUAACUAUGCCACUUUGUUUACAUAUUCAUCUCACAUGUAUAUACUGUACUCGAUACCAUCUACUGUAUCUUGCCUAUGCUGCUCUGUACCAUCACUCACUCAUAUAUCCUUAUGUACAUAUUCUUUAUCCCCUUACACUAUGUAUAAGACAGUAGAUUAGGAAUUGUUAGUUAGAUUACUUGUUGGUUAUUACUGCAUUGUCGGAACUAGAAGCACAAGCAUUUCGCUACACUCGCAUUAACAUCUGCUAACCAUGUGUAUGUGACAAAUAACAUUUGAUUUGAUUUUGGAAAGGCAAGGGGUCUGUACAAGAUUGUUCAUCGAAGUGCAAUCGAAAAGCACAUAAAGGGAACUCUCACAGAGAGAAGGCUCAA